AUGGCGAUUGCUUUGGCUGAGGCGGACAAGUAUGAGAUCUUGGAGAAGAUCGGCUGCGGCUCCUUCGGCAUCAUUCGCAAGGUCAAGCGGAAAUCCGACGGAUUCAUACUAUGCCGGAAGGAGAUCAAUUAUAUCAAGAUGUCUCAGAAGGAGCGCGAACAACUCACGGCGGAAUUCAAUAUCCUGAGCUCUCUCCGACACCCGAACAUUGUGGCCUACUACCACCGUGAACACCUCAAAGCAAGCCAAGACUUGUACCUCUACAUGGAAUACUGCGGUGGUGGAGACUUGAGCAUGGUUAUCAAGAAUCUCAAGAAGGCGAACAGGUUGGCGGAGGAGGAAUUCGUCUGGCGCAUUCUGUCACAAUUGGUCACUGCCUUGUACAGGUGUCACUAUGGAGCGGACCCUGCGGAAGUUGGAUCGAAUAUCCUCGGAGCGCCGCCAAAGCCAUCCGGACUGAAGGGAAAGCAGGGACAAGUUACUAUCCUGCACCGCGAUCUUAAGCCCGAGAAUAUUUUCCUCGGUAGCGACAACACUGUGAAGCUGGGCGACUUUGGUCUGUCUAAGCAGAUGCAAUCCCAUGAUUUCGCAUCCACAUAUGUCGGCACUCCCUUCUACAUGUCCCCCGAAAUUUGUGCCGCUGAGAAGUACACUCUUCGAUCGGACAUUUGGGCGGUCGGGUGCAUCAUUUAUGAGCUUUGCGCGAAGGAGCCUCCCUUCAAUGCGCGCACCCAUAUUCAACUAGUGCAAAAGAUCCGCGAGGGAAAAUACGCAUCUCUCCCAGACUACUACUCGCCGGAAUUGAAGAAUGUUAUUGGCAGUUGCUUACGCGUUAACCCCGACAACCGCCCUGACACGGCCGCCUUGAUCAACCUUCCUAUCAUUCGUCUGAUGCGCAAGGAGAAGGAAGUUGUGGAUCUUGGCAAGACCCUGCGCCGUCGCGAGGAGGUCGCCGUCCAGAAGGUCCGUGAGAUGGAGCAAAGGUUGGCCAAUGCGGAGAAAGACAAGCUCCAGUUCAAGACUGAGACAGAAAACACCGUUCGUCGGGAAUGGGAGGUGAAGGCACGACUCGAGAUUGAUCGCCAGGUGCAGGGCGAAUUGGACCGACUGCGCAAGCGAUUUGAAGCGGAGGUGCAAGACCGCGUUUCUAUCGAACUUGAGAAGCAGAAGAGACACAGCAAUCCUCGAGAAGAGCUCUUCCGUGCCAGCCUUCGUCGCUCAGAUUCCAGUUCGCAAGGAUCAUCACGGACUAGUGGUCGUGAAUCUCGUUCUUCUGGUGUCGUAACCGACGACUCCGAUGUUCCGUCCAGCACUGAUAUCAGUCAAUUGUCGCUCGAGUCUCCUACAUCCAAUAACCGGAAGGCCAGGAAGGAAACUCGUACUCCGUUCUGCCGGUCCAAGACGGUCGUCGAGUCACCUCAGGAUGUGCAAAUGGCUGAGCCAUCCCCUAUCUCUAUCGCCUCACUCUCACUUUCGCCUCGUCGCACCUCUGCUACGGGUACGUCUCGCAAUAUCUUUGCCGAGGCUGAGCGCCAAAAGGCAAAGUGGGAGCCCACACUCGCUUACUCCGACGAUGAGGAUGAUACUCCUGAUCUACCAUCUCCUACUCGCCCUAAGGUCAAGCCCGACCCCUUCAAGGCGCCCCCUCGACCACUUCUCCGCCAGAACACCGCUGCUUUCAUGCAAAAACUCAGCACUCAACCCCCUCUAUUCCCUUCCAAUGGAUCUCGACUUCCCCAGAUGUCCGGCGGCCCAUCCUCCUCUCAAUGUGAUGGUCGUACCAACUCGAACGAAGGCCGGGCUAAAUCUCCACACCGUCGCCUGUCCAAGAUCCCAUCAUCGGCUAACCUCGCCGCCGAUGCUGGAUCUCCUACCCGUAAAAACUCCACGAAGCAGGCUCCCCCCAAGACCAAUAACAAUGUUGGUGGUGACGAGAUGUUCAAGGCUGUUAUGCAACGCAACAUGGGUGGUCGCACCCUGGUCGAGCUUGCCCAGGCUAGAGCCGGCGGCCGCCCUAUGGACGAAUUCAAGCGAUGCGCCAGUGACUCUCGCGCCUCUUCUCAUGCCUCUAGCAUGAAAUCCUCGGAGCGCGAGCCGCCAGCUAUCUGGGAUCCUGAGCGCGACGAAAUGCCCAGCCCCUUCCUCGCCCGCGGCAAGAAGGUUAUCCGCAACCUCCGGUGA